AUGACUGCGCCGGCGCACGACAAUGACGUCAUCCGUCAUGAUGACGGCGUCGUCACGACGACGGCAGACGAGGCACCGACAAGGGCGGACGAUGACGACGACGACGACGACGCGACGCCCCUUCGCCACGUGUUUUCGGCCGCUGAAGUGGCACUGGCCACGCGGUUCCUCGUGGACAUUGGGCCGCGCGCGCAGCAGCUGUACGCGCGCUUGCUCCAGCGUCAAGCAACGUGGGUCAAGACGGCGUCGCUCUGCCGAUACUUUGUACCCCGCCAAGAGACUGCGCGUUAUGACAACGACAACACCACAACAAGGGCAACGGCAAGGGCAACAACAAGUGCAAGUGCAACGGCAACAGCAACACGGGUGCAACGAGGACACGACGAGCAGGUCCAGUCCGUUCGUCACACCGACGUCCAGCAUGUCGUGCGCGCUAUGCUCGAUGCUGGGCUCGUGCAACCCUUCCCCGUCUCGUCCGCCUGGCUGCCCGACAUGGCUACAGUAGCUGCCCACCACCCAUUGACUGGCCAGGCGCGCGUCGAGCAGCAGCAACAGGAACGCGCGACGCUGGACACGGUCUUGGACGCUGUCGCCCGUUGUGCAUCGACGCUGGAGCUCUCGACGCUGUACAGGCGCAUGACGGGCGGCCGUAGACACGCGGCCCGAAAAGGCGACUUGCUGGCGGCUGUGCGGGCGGUCGCCAAGACGCAGACCCGCAUCAAUGGCUCGAAACUACCCGUUGCGCAGUUGAUGCAGCAGAUUUGGCUCGACGCGUACCCACUCGCGGGCAAACAGCUGGUGGACGUGAUGGUGCUGCGCUUGACGCCUGCCACGCGCGACCUGAUGCUGCGCAUGCACCGGUUGUUUUACAUGGCGUCAACGCCUGUGUUCAGGACGGCGUCGCUGGGGCCGCUGCAAGUGGCAGACGGACGGGCACUGCUGGCGCUUGCAGUGCAGAAACUGCGGCAAGAACCGACGCCGUGGCCGGGUCUGAUGGUCACGUUCCAGAAGAUUGUCUAUCCAGCGUACGCCGUGCAGGACAGCGCGUUGCAGCGCUGCAGCCGCACUCACUGCCUGUUUCCAUCGUCCGAGGCGUACGUGAGCUAUGAAGUCGCGUACCAGUUGCAUCGGAUCAUGAGCGUUGUCAAGCAGUGCCUGUGCAUUGUGCCACCUGAGAAGCAGUUUGAGGAACCCGAGUUGGAGCUCAAGUGGAUGCUGUGGGAUACCGCACCGCCCGUGUUUCUUGCGUUCCAGAGGCUGCUGGCAGUCGGCUGCAAGGAAGAGAAGGAAGAAAAGGAGGAGGAGGAAGAAGAAGAGAAAUGUGAAGCUGAAGCUGACGACGACGACGUUGUGCUGGUGAUGGACUCAAUGAGUCGAGACGCUGACGGGUCUGAGGACUGGCAGAUGCGAAGUUGGGACCAGUUUUACCGCGAGGUGGAAGCGAUGGAGUCGCUGGACGAUCUCGUGCUGGCAAGCAGAAGCUGUCUGCAGACGUAUCUCAAGUGGAUGGCAACAGGUGCUGCGUCUCGUGUUGUGGACGUGCCCGUCUUCUUGGCCAAGUGCAACGCUGGCUACCACCUCGUGCGAAUCUUGCACGUGGCAGUGGGGCUGUACGAGAAGAUGCGAAGGUACCAAGUGGCGACUUUGCUGCUCAACGACGUGCUGGCGGCACCGUUCCUCGAGCACAAGCGCGGGUACUGGUGGGAUCGCUUGGCGCUCAACUUGGAGCACAUGAAGUGCAUUCCUCAAGCGAUCGACACGUGUGUGAAUGCUCUCGAAGACGACCACGUGCUGGCAGCCGAUCGACUUGCACUGGAAAGGCGUUUGCAUCGACUGCGCCGCUGCUAUGCCCGUCAAGAAGAAGCGCAUCGAGUCAAGUUGCAGUCGUCUACUGGCCUGGCACGGCAACAACGUGCUACAACAAGUGCGUCCGUUCAAGUCGUGGCUAUCAGCGACGAUGAGGAUGAGGACGAAGAGAAGGCAAUGGCAGUUGCAGGGCAGUGCACGUACUCGUAUCGCCAGGACCACAUUGUCGGCCGUCCAUUGAAUCGCCAAACGGGAGAAAAGUCGCGGUUCGUGGGCUACGACGACGAGCCCUGUACGGUCGAGCAGCUCGUGUUGCAGUACUACCGCGACCACUGCCCUGUUGAUGGGCACGACAAGCACGUCAAGACUGGCGGAUGGUACGGUCUGCAUUGCGAAGGCUCUGUGCUCCGCAACCUGUUUGGGCUCUUGAUGUGGGACGUGCUGUACGCGAGUGUUCCCGCCGUGUUCCAGACACCGUUUCAAUCAGGUCCGCUGGACUUUGGCUACGCCGAUGUCUUUUACGCCGCUCGACGGGACCUCAUUGACGAGCAGCUUCGCCUCGUGCAGCACACGUGGACACUGGCGGAGCUGCUGACGGCAGUUGCAUCAAGAUGGAAAGCAGAGGUUGGUAAGGUGACUCGCUUUGUGCAGUGGCCAAGUGAUGACAACAAUGCAGGUUGGUUGACGUUCCACCUGCUGACGAUUGCAGCGAUCGGACGCACCGCGCUGGCAAACCUGUUGCGGUACAUGGCAACGUCAAGCGAGUUCCACCAGGCGCAAAACGGGCUCCCGGAUCUGCUUGUGCUGCGGUUUGAGCUGCCAAGUCGAGCAAGAGACCACGCCAGGCAGUGGUUGCACUGGUGUGUGGACCGUCACGAUUGUCUGAACGUGCACGCGUUCUGCAGCAUGGACGAGCACUUGAACAUGAACGCAAAGACUCGGUCGAGUGUGGAAAGGCUCGAUGGGAACCAGCGAGUGUCGGGCGAGAAGCUGGAGGAGUCGAUCGUGGACACUGUGCUGGAGCUUGUUCGGGAGAGCGGUGCUGUGCAGUUGAAGUGCGUGGAAGUCAAGGGGCCUCGAGACCGACUUAGUGACAAGCAGCUCCUGUGGCUACAGGUUCUCAACAAGGACAUUUGUCUCGAUGCUAACGUGAUGCACGUCGAAGAACCCGAGAAGCGAGCGAAGCGAAAGAAGACACAGCACGAGCGCACGGGCAGCGAGCAAGACACAGUCUGUCGAAAGCGGCAAUGCAAAGGACGAGAGUGA